GAAGUCUUUCCUGGUGACGGUCACGUGACCAUGUGGCAUGGCGUUGUUGUUUUAACGGAGAGAAGUGCGAAGUAACUAAAAUACUAUUAGUUUCUAAUGACACAAGUUUCCUUAUGCAUGUUAAACUGAUAUGCUGCCUCCUCCAGCCGCGUUUCAAUUUCCUUGGGAGAUCAACUCAGACCUAGUGAAAGAUGGUGCAUCAGUGCGAACGUGUGGCAGACUUAUAAGUUAUGUGCCAGAAGAGUCCAAAGCUGUUCUAAGUGGUCAGCAGUCUUCUGCACAGUGCCACGUGUCUGUACAAACAACACUUGUUGAACCUUUCCAGCCCAUACUUGGAGCUCAGUAUUUUGUUCUUGGCGAAAUUGAAAAGACUGAUGGAUUAAGUGGAGUUAUGCUGCGUGCCCGUGCUUUGACUUGUGUUGAUGGAGUAGACCUUACUCUAAUGCAACAGGCCAUUGUGGAACAGAGACGCUUCUUUAAGGAGAGAGAAACUAAAGAUGAAUAUGCAAGCUCACUGCUACGGCUAGCCAGCUCUACAGCUUUGGAGUUCUCCUCAGCUCUUGGAGCAGGAACUACAACAACAAAUAUGACAAUGAUGUAUUACCUCAGAGGUAAGUUCAGUAAAUAAGUGUUUCCUAGUUGUUUCAUGAGCACCACAUACAUAAUCACAUGAUAAUUAGAAAUAAUGGUCUACAGUAUGUUUUCAAAAUAACCUGAAUUUAUAGCUAGGUAACUUGACCCCAACAAGAAUAACACACAAUGUUCAAUAGUUGAUUGAACAUUAUUUUCCACUAUGAUUGAAUAGGCCAUCAUCAGAACUGGGGUGUUUUUUUCAAAAGCAUCAUUUAGUUCCAUUGUUAUCGACAUAAAUUAAUAAUUCAGUGUUUCCCACAAACAUAAUUUCAACAAACGUUUGCAAACAGCAUUGCAAAGUUGUGGUUGGAACUACAGCUCUCGACAUGUGGAUAGAAGCGUAGUUCUUAGUCUAAUUUAAAUAUAUCAAACAUAUCAUUUGAGCAAAGUAAGCUAACAUGCAGUACAAUCUAGACAGUACAAUAUGUCAUUCCAUAUCUAUAUACAAAUUUCAUUCUACAUCUUUUACUUUGUCAUGAGAACGAAAACACUAUUUUUAAAGAGUGUGCAUGUAAGUGAUCUAGAGUAUAACCUAAGACGGAACACAAGAUUGAAUAAAGCAGAACAACAGAGAACAAAAUAGUGAAGUAGUCAUCAAAUGCCAUGCUCGUUAUUUACAGCAAUAAUCUAACAUUAAUUUGAUUAAUUUAUAUUGAUUAUUAUAAGUUGUUGCUCCACCACCUGCAUGACAUCAUUAACAACUUUAUGGUUUCAGGAAAGUCGUGACUAGCUAGUACAUCAUUGUAUGGGAAACCCACCCCAGGAUGGACCUAACCCAUCUCUGGCCCACCCCUACAUGUCACAAAAAAGGUCAACUCUGUUGAGAGCCUCAGGAUCCGGUGGAGGAACCAUGAAGCAAACUCCAGGAAAUUUUUUGCUUGUCCCAUCAUUGGACUGAACCUCCCAGUCAUUGUCUGUGUUGGACUUCAGAUUAAACAGCUCUCCUCUGUUCAAUGAAGCCUGAGAAGAAUCCCAUGAUUAACAAAUGAAUAGAACAAUAAAUUAAUAGAAAAUUAGUAACCAUAGCUUUUCAUACUACAUGUACUGAAUGAAGGUGUUGAAAAUAUCUUUAUAAAGAGAUUUUCAAUACCUUCAUAUUUUUUUUCUAGAGAUUCUAACCUUGGGAGUUUUCCAGUCACAGAGAGACUCAACCAUGGUAGUUUUGCUUGGAGGAGUGUGGCGAAGUUUUAGUGGUGUGAUGGCAGUGCUUCGCUUUCUCAGGUCAGCUAAAAGCUGCUCAUUGCGCUGUAGAGGCCUUUCUUCAGCCUGCCGACACAGAAUACAAGA